GCCGCCGAACUUGGAAUCAUGAUGUCCGACCCAGUGGGAAACAUCCGCCACUGCUUUACCCCCCUUGCGGCAUACAUCGUCGAUACUCCCGAGGCGUGCAUGCUUGCAUGCGUGCGCGGCAAAACUUCUCCAUUUACACUGGCAUCUUAUCUCCAGUUCGGGGACAAUUUUCGUCACCCUGCACGUACACGUGCCAUCACGCUCGAGCAGCUCGCCAGCAUCAAUGUUGACCCCAACGACCUGGAAGGAUAUUUUGCCGCAUGCGCGGAAUUCCGGCUAAAUGGUGUCUUUGCACCUUUCUGGAAGGGAUGGCGGUUUAGCGAUCCUGCGAUCUUCCUUACACCUGAAGCUCUGCAUCACUGGCACAAACAGUUCUACGACCACGACGUGCAAUGGUGUCUUGCAGUUCUUGGAGUGCAGGAAUUCGAUUUC